AUGGCGGUGUACCGUUCGACGCCGCCAGGCCCGCCUGGCGAUCUCGACCCACCCAAUCGACCCUGCCAAUUGCAUCAAAGAGGGAGUAACGACACGACAUAUUGGCCGACAGAGAAAAAACAAAAUCGGUUGAGGGGUGGAGACAAGGAAGAUCACGUGGACGGGUGGGACGAGGAAGACGAGGAAGACGACGAGGCCGAGGAAGAGCAAGUAAAGCAGAAAAAGAGAGUAAAAUGGCGGUUCUGGGCGGAGAAAAGGAGGGCAGGGGCCGAAAAGAAAUGGUCUGAGAAGGAGAAGGACGAAAAAGAGAAAGCCGAAGAAGCGGGAGAGAAAGAGAAGGCCGAGGACGCCGGAGGGAAAGAGGAGGAGCAGACAAACCGGAAAAGGAGGCUAAGAUCGCGGUUACGGGGGAUGAAGAAGAAGGAUGAGGUGGAAAAGAAGGGAACGGAGAAGGAGAAGCAUGACGACGAUGAGCGAGAGGAAGCAAACACCAAGAAGUGCUGCAUCAUGGGCAGGUUCGGCGGACUUUUCAAAAAGUCCGAAAAGGGGAAGCCUGAGGAGAAUCCGUACGCUCAACAAUCGCAACCGACGAAUGGCCAGAACCAGUCCUCCCCUUCGAUCCAGUCCUCUGAGUAUCCCGGGCCUUCUCAGGCGUCUCACUACCGCCAGGAACCGUCGCACUCACAGUACGCCCAAUACAAUACCGCUCAGUUCAACGACAACCAGAGCAUUUCGAGCGUCUCCCAGUCGUCCGGCCUCCCGAGCGGCCCCCGCCCCAAUGGCGGUUAUCAGAAUCGAGUAGGAACGUUCUCGACGGUCUCGGCCGACAAGUCACCGCCGCCGCAAUACUCGCCGCAUUCGUCCUCUCAGUACUCACCCUACCCCGGAAAAGAUUUACCAUCAACUGCGGCCACGACCCCGCAAACGUCCGCCGACCCUAGUCUGGCGGUGGGCGGUGGUGGAUUCCCGAAGGAGAAGUUUGGCGCUACGGGUGGUGUUGGCAGGGCCAGGUUCGAGCCCGCGGAGACGACUUUCGAGAAUGGGUCGCGACUCGCCUCGCAACAACAGAGUCAAGGCGGUUACGGAAGUUUGGGGGGAUCAGCUGGCUUAGGCUUGUCUGAAGGCUACGGCGGCUCGACCAAGCAACCUCAGUAUGCGGGUCCUGGACAGGACCAGUUGCAAGACCCGCAAGCGGAAUAUGGCGAGUCUUCACAGGCUAUGACUGAGGAAGAAGACAUACAAUGGAAAAAGCAGCAAAUAGCGCAAGAAAAUGCCGGGGCCGUACAGGCUGGGGCGCGGGCUCUGAUGGGAGUGCAGAGAUUUGUGCAGCAAACCUACGAGGUGACCGAACAGGGCUUCAGGCAAGGAGAGAUGAUGCAUCAAGCUCAUAAAAACUCCAAGGCUGCUGGAGUGGAACUUGCAAAGACUGGAGGCAACCUCACGGAUCUCCACAACGCACAGAGCAUGCUGAAGUUCGCCAGCAAUGGUAAAGGCGCGAUUGAAUCGCGCCAACGACAGCAUAUGGGUUAUGACCGGGACCAUAUGAUUAAAACGGAGGAGAUGGAUCGGAAGUUCGCAAAAUCCCGUGAGCAAUUGACUAACCUAGGUAAAGAGUAUGGCUCUGGGCCCCAGCUUCUCGGAACAGCGGGGGCGGGUGGUAAGGGGGAUGUUUAUGCGUUUGAGGACAUGGAAUUUGAAGAUGAUGAUGGCACUCAGCGGGAAGCCAGCCGGACGAUCCAGGGGCAAAAGAACGAAAUUUUAACCGGCCUAAGGGGAGCCAGGGCACAUCUCGAGGUCCUAGGCGGCGAGCUCAAGAGGCAGAACGUCGAGAUUGCUGAAAUGCAAGAGGAUCCCACCGACUUGGAUACCUCGCCGGCGUCGACACCGACUGAAUUGAAUCACAUCAAGGGAGAUUUGCACUCCGCGGCACCGCUGCCCAGCAGGCCUCCCUCUGGUGACCCGUCAUAUUUUGCGGCAAGAGAAACUCUCCCGCUUUGGUCACGACAGGAUGAGAUCCGCCGCAUCCUCCAACUAAAUGAAGUCCUGCUUCUCGUGGGGGAGACAGGGUCUGGAAAAAGUACACAGGUACCGCAGUUUCUGUACCAGGAGAAAUGGUGUCAAAAGAGGAAAGUAAAGGUUAAGGAUGGCGAGCACACCAAAGAAAUCAACGUUGGAGGAAUGAUCGCGAUCACACAACCAAGAAGGGUCGCAGCAACGACACUCGCCCAUCGCGUCUCACGUGAAGCAGGUACCCCUCUUGACGCGCAAAUCCAAAGAUGGCAUAACAAUCAGCCAGUUUCAAAGGGCUUGGUGGGCUACUCGGUUCGAUUCGACCACAAAGUCCCACCUGGGACGCGGAUCAAGUAUUUGACCGAAGGAAUGCUGCUUCAAGAGCUCCUCCGCGAUCCGGGGCUGAGGCAAUACAGUGCCAUCAUUGUUGACGAAAUCCACGAGCGGAGCGUUGAUGUCGACCUCCUCUCCGGUUUCCUUAAGCAAAUUGUUUCUGGGGACAAGGCUAGCCGCGGGGGCAUUCCACUCAGAGUUGUGGUCAUGAGUGCGACUGCCAACGUCGACAAGAUCAAGCAAUUCUUCUCUAAGGCUGAACCCGAAACGACGAGCACCGCUUCCACCACACCUACUUUCUCGAACAGCUCAGUCCAGUACCUCCAAAUUGAUGGCCGGCAAUUCCCCGUGGAUCUUGUGCACACCCCUAAACCCGUUCCGGACAUCCAAGAAGCGCUUCUCAAACAAAUAUUUAAGCUGCACACCGAAGAGGCUUUGUCAGAUAAGCACGGCAGGAAAGACAUCCUAGCAUUCCUGACCGGUCAAGAGGAAAUCGAAUCCGCUCAGAAGCUGAUUGAAGAAUACGCGUCGACGCUUGGGCCGAAGCUCCCUGGCUUGAAGGUAUUUCCCCUGUUCGGCCAGCUCUCCAUGGAAGCGCAACAUCAAGCUUUCCAACCGAUCAAGGGUGGACGGACAAGAAAGAUUGUUCUCGCGACCAACAUUGCCGAGACUUCAGUCACCGUGCCGGGCGUGCGAUAUGUCAUCGACUGCGGAAAGUCCAAGGUGAAGCAAUUCCGUCCACGCUUGGGCAUGGAAUCGCUCCUCGCGAAGCCCAUAUCAAAGUCGUCUGCCAUUCAAAGAGCUGGGCGAGCAGGGCGUGAAGGUCCUGGAAAGUGCUUCAGGCUGUACACAGAGGAAACUUACGAUACCUUGUACGAGACAGACCUUCCCGAGAUCCUCAGAACCGACAUACUCGGCGCCACUUUGACAAUGAAGGCCAGGGGCAUUGCCGACGUCCUGUCUUUCCCCCUAAUGGACGCGCCCAGUGUCGAAUCCGUGGAGAAGGCACUUUUGCACCUUCAUAUUCUUGGCGCUAUCGGUGAUGAUGGUUCCAUCACAGAAACGGGGCGCAAGAUGGUAUCUUUCCCGGUCACUCCGCCCUUCGCCCGUGUCAUUCUUGCCGCAGCAGAUCCGAAGUUCGAUUGUUUGCUAGAGGUGAUUGAUAUCAUCGCGUGCAUCACGUCUGGCGAGGACAUCUUUCUUCAGCUGCGUACAGAAGAGGCGAAAGAGGAAGCGGAAGAUUACCGAAAAGAACUUUAUCGCCGCGAAGGUGAUCUCCUUACGUACCUCACCACAAUGCAGCUGUACGCGGCGGAGAACGCAGACCGAGUGAAAUGGUGCAAGGACCGGAAGAUGAAUGUCAGAAAUAUGAAGCAAGCGAUGAACAUUCGCAAACAGCUUCGCGGUUUGUGUGUCCGCCUGGGCAUGAUAGAACCUCCGCCAGCUGAUCCUCAGCCCUUCACGCCGGUAUCACCAGAGCUUGCCGUCGCCAUUCUCAAAUGCUUUUUAAGCGGGUUUUCGCUCAAAACGGCGAUUCUAGCGCCAGAUAACAGUUACGUCACGGCCCAUGGGAAACAUGUGGUGGCGAUACACCCGUCAAGCGUUUUGCACGGCCAGAAGAAGGAAGCAAUCAUGUUCUUAGAACAUGUCAUCAUCCAGGCGGUGUGGAUAGCCGAGGCUUUAGAAUAA